UCACACAGUAAUGUCUGUAUGAGUAGUCGUUAUGGUCGCGGCAGGGCACCACCUCGCGGUGAUCGCUACUAUCAGGAUAAGAGAUCACAUUAUAAUGACGACCGCGCCUCCUCCCAAAGGUCCCAGCAGGACGAGAGACCGCCGUAUGAUGAGCGGCCCCCGCGUCGUGGUGGUAGAGAUUCCAGUAGAGGAAACAGGAGAGAGGAGACCCCGCCGAGGAGACGGCGUGAGCGGCGCGGCAGCUCCACUCACCACCACACCAGUAACCACGCUAACAGCGGAGAUGCUAACGCGCAGAUCAACCAGAUCAUCCGCAAGUUAGAGCGGGAUGAUAGGAGGGAGCGGACUAGACUUGCUGUUCAAAUACAAGAGUUUGCACAAGAGCCCGCCAACAGACAAGUGUUGGAAGCACAGUGUGUUACACUGCUUAAUCUCCUGGAUCCUAUGAUUGAGGACGCGGUGGAGAGGGAGAAUGAUUACAACCUUCCUCGAACCAUCGCCAGUAUAGGACUGGGACUAGGAUCAAAGUGUAACGAGUUAAUUAACUGGCUAACUAACCGACUGAUGUCUGCGGACAACACACCAGAAGUUACGGGCUUUCUCCUCAACAUCACCAAACAUCUCUCUGAUAAAAAGGGAUCCCUUAGCACAGGAGUGUUACCGCUGAUAGACACUCUGAUACAGCUGCUGGAGAGGUUCGCUAACCCUCAGAUGAUAAUAAUACUACUUGAUGCUCUAGUCCCCCUAACUCAGGCCUACUCCAGAUUCUUUACUCCUCACUUCACUAACAUCAUAGAUGUAUUGAUAGGGUGGCACAUAGAGUCUGACACUAACGUGGACCUACAGAAAAGUAUUUCCAAAGCUUUUCUCUCCUUCAAAGCGUUUUGGCUCAGUGAUAUCUCCUACCCUCUCUCCCUGAUCAUGCAGUUUGUUGGCGACGCACAGAAACAGCAACACGAAGUGUGCAACAGUACUUCAAUAGACAAGGAAGCAGUCCAGCAGUUCGUCUCAUUGAUUAAGGUGUUCACUGCUCUGUUAUCAUCUCUAGAAGAGGUGACGUCAGUAUCCCCGAAUGUACCAGAUUUCCUAAGUAAGCUAGUAAAUCAGAUAAUAGACAGUUCCUCACAGUUACUGUGUGUUCACGCCUCCUACGAGGUGGUGUCAGUUAUUGCUAAAGCUACCCACAUUGUCACAAAGUGUCUGCCAGCCCACUUUGGCCACAUCUGUGAUCAGCUGGUUUGUUUCCUGAUAGACUGCAUCAGUCCGCUAGACUGUACUCCUGCUCCUGACAGCACUAUAUUGGACUGUCUACACGCUAUUCUACAUAUUACCGAUAACGACAGUUCUUGGCUGGGAGCCAGCAUUCUCACCUCAAUGUUAGCCUCCUCCUCGCCUCUGGUAUCCCUGAGGAAUUCAAAGAAUGAACAGAUCCUGGCGGUUUUGUUCAAGAUAUUCCAGUCCCUUCUUCAGCUUCACAACUUCAAGCUGUUGGAUAUUGUGUACCAGUUCAUUGUUCAGGAUCUUCAUAUUGCUAUUGAGAAAAUACUGAAGUGUGUAGAGGAGAAAACAGACCUAAAAGAAGCAGAGAUACUAGCUAGCGCGAACCUGGCUCUACUCACAGAGAUGGCGGGAAGCAAGACGCAUGGUUUUAGUACCUGGGCCUUAAACCCCACCAUCUUCGACCUCGUUACCUCGGUACACUCGCCCCACAACUGGAUACUAGCUAAGCACUGUCCCAGUGUUCACUACGCUAUACUUAACGUUCUGCACGCAGAGUGUAAACGUCAUGGUUAUUUCCUUCCGGGAGCAGGGACCUCGGAAGUAGUUCAACUACAACCCCACAACACAUCACAACAACUGUGUAGAGUGCUGAAGUUACUGGCACUCCUCCUUCCCCACUCUUCUCUCUCUUUUGAUAGCAGAUAUUUCUGUCUGCUGUGGGUAAAGAGACUAGUAGAGAUAAUGAAGAAGGCGGGAGAAUGUUCGGAGAGCAUGAAGUUUUGCCAUUCUGAGUUGCAGGAACUCUCUCUUGCUCUGGUCAGGAUAGCUGAUGAUCCUGAGAGAGAUAUUCGGUUGGAGGUGGCAGGGUGUCUGAGAUUACUGCUUCUAGCUCAACUACUAACAAAUAACACUCAAGUACAUUGUCUAGCUGUUUCCAUCCUUCACAUGGGAGAUGUAGACGGGGCUACACGGGGGGCGUUCGUGGGCGUGCUAGAAGCACUCGCUCCGCAACUGUUGCUAGGAUACGAGAUAGACAGGUUGAAUAUGGACAAGUUCGCUAUGAGACCGCUACUUCAUUCCAGACAUCUGCUCCAGUUCAACACAGAGGUGAGUCUGGUAACGAGUAACCAGUUUACAAUACUGAUGAGACUGAUCCUGCUGAACCAGAUCCCCGGCAAGUUUAUACACGACGACUGGUUAGAGAGACUGUUCUACGGGUGCAACACAUCACAACACUCCAAGUUUACUUUUAUCAACGGUUCCACUUCUCCGUGCGACAGUUCUCUUUGGUUCUGGUUUAUGUGGCACAUGUCGCUCUACGCUGUCAACAGUCGACUGAAGACUCCUCUCGGGAAAGCAACGGAGACUUUCGAAUGUAUCGAGGGAAUACUGCACGAGCUGCUGGAGGACGGGGCAGUAACAGAGGACACAAACGCACGUGGCAUUAUCUCCGGCAUUGGGAGUCAGUGUUAUGUUUCCCUGCUGAGGAGUAACCUACUGCUACAUUUUAUUAAUAACUUGGAGAAACUCAUCUACAACGCUUACGAGGGUACAGUGCACAGUAUACAAGGCUGUAACAAAGCAGUGAAGAACUUCUUCGUGUUGAACAGGUCAACAUGUGAAGAGUGGUUUAGUAGAAUAAGACCUGCUAUAGCAGAGGUAUGCAGCAACACUGGAAUGUACGCGGAGAGUUGGCGCCACGCGCUCCACAUCCAGCCCUCCACCUCUGCGUUACUGUUGUCAGUGCGCGCAGCGCUGAACAUGCACGCGCCCGGCUAUAUCCGGGGUUUGAAGUGUAUUUAUAGUGAGCACGAUGGGUUACUUAAUGCUGCUGAGCUGCAGGCAAGUGGAAGAUACGAGGAAGCUAGUGAAGUCUACAAAGCUACAAUAGACACAGUCAGUAACAGCGAAGAGAAGCAGUUCAUUGCUCUGCAGGCCCUCGAGUGUUAUCUUGCACUGAACGACUGGGACGAAACUCUGUCAUGGUCACAGAUGCACAGUAACGAAAUAUACACUGAUAAAACUCCCUAUGAUAACAAUUACUUGCAUGCUUUGCAUGCCUUUGAUUUGGGAGAUUUUAAUGGCACAGCAAGACACCUGGAAGGGGUGCCUGGAGCCAACAUAAACAGCAUCACAGAGGAGCUGUCCAGAAAGGGUGGUGUUCGUGUAAACCACUUAACCCUGGAACUAGAUGUUCCGGCUCUGGCGGAUCCUGCUAAGUUACUGUACCUGAGUCAGCUACAACUCCUUAGAGUAUGCGGGCUCUAUCACAAUGGUGGUGAUCUACAGCUGGUUGGAAUGGACCUCAGAAGUGAAACUGGAAGUUACAGUGACGACAUGGACCGACCAGAGAGUGCACUUGAGAAGGGUCCGGAGUUUAUUUUCCGUAAACUGCUUCGCCAAGCUUCUUCGUUAGUCGAGGUUGGAGUACGUAUAGCAGGUAUAGAUCUGCCAGUGAUGAUGCCCGGAAGAACUGCAGUCCAGUUGCAGUGUGUGUCGGCUCUACAUCAGCUCUUGCUAUGUGACACUGUUAAGGCUCCUACUGGGGUCCCUCUUAAUCUUACCAACGAGGAGGUAUAUCUUGAUAGGAAUGUGCACGAGGUGGGAUCCUGGAUGUAUCUGCACCGUUACGCGCACCAUCUCUACCAGUAUUUUGAGCCUUGUCAUGAAAAUAGUAAAAACAUGCUCUCCUCUCCAAUGGUACUUAAUUUGGGAGUGUCCGUUUCUAAACUCGCAAGAAAACAGGGUAACAUGAGGUUAGCUCAGAGACUGCUGAUAAAUGAGCUGACGUGGCACUUUUCCGGAGUCCACCCCUCCCGCCCCCCUCUCACUACCAACAUUGUCUACAUCUCUGAUAACACAGUUCACGAGGGACCUGACAUGGUGCUACGCUCCACCCUCCACACGACCCUCUCCAAAUCUCUGGCUCAGUACAUCCCAGUCGACCUACUGCCACUGCACUCCCAAAGUGCUAAAGUGCUAUAUCAGUGUGGCAGUCAGACGGAGGCUAUUGAAGCGCUCAGUGCUGCGGUGCUGUACAGACAGCGCAACCCUGCUACCGUCAGGAACAACCGUAAUAAUGAGGGUUCUAUGAAGUGUGUAUUGACUCUUGGUAAAUGGUUAUCUCAAGACAGUACCCUGGGUCUCAUGGCAAUGUCUAACGGGCCCUGCCUCCAGUCACUGCUUGAGAUAGAAGAGAGAGUUACAGCUAAUUCUGGUAUCAGACUUAGAGACGGGGUGGCUGUAUCCGAGGUGGAAUAUCUGGAGGGACGGUUGCUACGUUACGUAGCUGAAGAAGCUUGUGACAUGGCUAAUGCAUGGCAUGCCUUGGGAACUUGGGCCUACGACAUCAGCAAGAAGUCUCUAGAUCAGAUACAGCUUGCUAGGGUUGAGACGAUGUUGCCGGAAGAGAAGUUGGUGGUAGAAGAGCUUGCUGGUAACCACUGUGAUCCUGUAUGGAACCUUAUACUAGGAGCGGUGAUGCGGCAGAGCUGUGAAGGACUAAACGAGCGUAUAUCCACUACAGCCCCCGAUCUCCCUAAAGACACUGUGUCCCAACUAUGCGAUGUGUAUAUUCGUGUCAGCAGCAGACUUUACCACAAUUAUAGAAUAGCGGUAAAGAGUUACUGCAGAUACCUGCAUCUAUCAGCGGGUGAAAGAGACUGCAACACCAGAGUGGACAAAGUAGACAAGACCACCCACAGGGAACUGCAUACCACUCUGAGAUUAAUGAAACUCAUGACGUCACAUGACGUUGCUUUACACGAUCUGAUAGAGGAUAUAUCCCGGACUCCGGCAUUACAAUGGUACAAAGUUACCCCCCAGUUACUAUCACGUAUAGGACACAGCAACCCUAGCGUCAGAAACGCCCUGCUGACUAUCCUGUGUAGUGUAGCUAGACAGUAUCCUCACAAACUGGUGUACAAUUGUGUAGAGAAAUGCUCUCCCUCUUCCCUCAUCGAUAACGAACAAAACAAGGUUGUUUUCCCUCUAGUCCAUCUUGUUCCCUUUAGUUCCCUUAGUCUCCCUCUAGUUCCCUCUAGUUCCCACUGUGUGCCCACAACAUAA